GCCGCGGAGGUGCAGGUCGGAGAGGCCGGGCUACGUUGUGCCCUGCGCGUGAACAGCUGCAGCGGCAGAGGCAGCAUCCAGCCGCGGUGCCAGCAGAUCCAGCCCGUUGCUUUACUUUUUUUGCUGCACCAAUAUAGUCAUUAUGCCGAAGAGAAAGUCCCCAGAGAAUUCAGAGGGCAAAGAUGGAUCCAAAGUAACCAAACAGGAGCCCACGAGACGGUCUGCCAGAUUGUCAGCAAAACCUGCUCCACCAAAACCUGAACCUAAACCAAGAAAAGCAUCUGCUAAGAAAGAACCUGGAACAAAGAUUAGCAGAGGUGCUAAAGGAAAGAAGGAGGAAAAGCAGGAAGCUGGAAAGGAAGGUACUACACCAUCUGAAAAUGGUGAAACUAAAGCUGAAGAGAUCCACAUCUCUCGCUCAACUGUUAAUGUCUCAGCCUCCAGAAGUACCCCACCCAGCACACUGUCAGUAAAGGGGCAGAUUGAAACAGUGAGAGUUAAGGGUACAGUAGAAAAUUCUGCAUGUUUGCAGUGACUAGAAUCAGAUAGUAGUGUGAUGUUUUUUAUUAUGAGCAGUGGGGGUUUGCAGGUAAGGUUUCUGUAGCUGUUUGAAAAGCAGAGAGCAAUAAACGCAGCAGAGUGUUGGCAUCAUGUGCUCCUGCCUUGUCUGUUCUCCACCAAGAGUUGAAGUAGGUUGUACAGUAGAGCUGCAAAAAAAACAUAUGUUCAAAAGCUUGUGUGUUAGUGGGUGGACUUUUCCUUGGCUAUCAUAGUUUAAGUGAUAACUAUAUCUUUUUUUCUUUCUUUUUCACAGGCUCAGAAAACUGAAUCUGUAGAUAACGAGAGAGAAUGAAUUAUCAUGAAAAUUGGGGUUGAUUUUAUGUACCUCUUGAGACAACUUUUAAAAGCUAUUUUUACCAAGUAUUUUGUAAAUGCUAAUUUUUUAGGAGUCCACUAGUUGGCAUACAAAAUAUAUAAGGAUGGACAUUUUGCCCUCUCAUAGUACUUUUUGGAAAUCUCCAUCAUCCUCAAGCAAAAUAAAUAUCAAUUUAAUAUUGGAAGCUGUAUGUAAAAUUGACUCAGCAUUCCAUAUAUUUGCUUUAAAAAACUUGGUCCUGUGCAUAUGUGGUGUUUUUACUGUGCAUAUUUAAAUUUUUCAUGCAGUUUUUCUAGAGCAAUAAUCAGUGGUGCUUUUGUACCUAGGUUUUAUGUGAUUUUAAUGAAACAUGGAUAGUUGUGGCCACCUGCUGACUAUUUGUGGUUUAAAAUAAAAGGUUUUCUUGUCUGCAAA